AUGAUCGAGCAAGGAAUAUGCCUUCCAAGCAAAAGCCCUUUGUCAUCACCACUUCACUUUGUACCGAAGAAGAAUGGAGAAUUACGAGUUUGUGGAGAUUACAGAAGACUAAAUUCUAUUACCACUCCUGACCGCUACCCAAUACCGCAAGUCAAGUAUUUAACUCAUCGACUGUCAGAUAAGACUAUAUUCUCCAACAUCGAUAUCAACCGAGCUUACCAACAAAUAAAAGUACGAGAUGAAGACAUAGAGAAGACAGCAAUAAUUACCCAAAUGGGAUUAUUCAAAUUUCCAAGAAUGACCCCAGGACUGAAGAACGCUGGUCAAACCUUCCAAAGAUUCAUACACGAAGUACUUCAUGGACUGGAUUUCGUUUUCGCAUUCAUUGAUGAUCUCCUUGUUGCAAGCCCUGAUAAAGAAACGCACGAAACCCAUCUACGCACCGUGCUACAGCGAUUAGAAGACAAUGGAAUCACAAUCAACCCUUCGUAA